AUGUUUCUCACACUGAUAAUGGGGAGACCUGGAGCUUUGUGUUUUACUUCAUGGAUCACAGCAGGAACUGGAGUUCUGUGUUUAACCUUCUUCCAGUCAGCAGACUCUGGGUCGGACUGUGAGCUUGGCGAGAGGUGUCUUGGACAGAGCAAUGAAAACUUUAGCAGCUGGUAUGUGUGGUUCCUGGUGUUGUUUUUCCUGGCUGUGCUCCUGUCCUGCGGGAUCUGCUGCUGCCUGCAGUGCUGGCUGAAGCGGCGGAGCUGCCUCCCCCGAAGCACCAUGGCUGUCUUUGCCCUCAGCAGCUCGGAUGCCUUUUGUGCUACUGAAGCACCUCCGUGCCCAUUUGCUGGAUCCCUGAGCCCCUGCAUGAGUGAAGAGAUUUCCUCUUCUCCUGGCCCAUGCUUCAGCCUCGGGGGACCUGAAUUACCUCCAUCUUAUGAGGAAGUUAUGAAGGAAAACAAGCCUUAG